AUGUACAACCCGUACCAGUCGCAAGGGAACGCAUUGAACCAGCAGCAGACGGGCUUCUACUCGCAGCCCGCCCAGCAGCCGCCGCUCCCCAACCGUGCCACCACCACCGAGUUCGGCAACCUCCAGCAGAAUGUGCCCACUUCCUUCGGCAACCAGCAACCUGCGCAGCCGUUUGGCAACGUCAACGCGGGCCAAUCCCAACCGCAGCAAACUGGGUUCGCUCAGCCCUCCUACGGCCAGUUUUCGUCUCAGCAGACCGGCUACGCCAGCACGCUAAACCAGCCACAGCAGUCUGGUUUCGGCCAGUCAGGCGCCCUUCAAGGGUUCCAGCAGCCCCAACAAACCGGCUAUUUUUCCCAGCAGCCCCCGCCGUUGCAGCAGCAACAACCACAGUCCAGUUUCUACUCCCAAUCGCCUGCUCAACCUGCUCAAAAUGCCGCUUUCAACCCACAAGAUUCUCAGAACGCACCUUCUGCCACUUUACAACCGCAGACUACGGGCUUUUUCUCUCAACAGCCAUUGCAACAGCAACCUCUACAACAGCAGCCUUUGCAGCAGCAGCCUUUGCAACAGCCACCCCAGCAACAGCCAUUACAACCUCAGCAAACCGGUUUCUACUCUCAGCAACAAGCCCAGCCUCUACAACCCCAGCAAACCGGUUUCUACUCCCAACAACAAUCCGCUUCUUUGCAACCUUUGAAGCCAACCGCCACCGGUUUCGUCAACUCGUUCGCCAAUAAUGGGGUCAACAACUCCCUCAAGAUCCCAAACAUGCGUUUGUCCUUCAUCACUGCACCUGACCAGGCCAAAUUCGAAACUUUGUUUAGAUCGUCGGUUCCCCAGGGAUCCAACACCAUUUCCGGCGAAAAUUGUAGGGGCAUCCUCAUGAAGUCCGGACUCGCUCCAUCUCAACUUGCUCGUAUUUGGACUUUGUGUGACACCAGCAAAGCAGGUGAACUCUUGUUCCCCGAAUUUGCUCUUGCCAUGCACCUCGUGAAUGACGUCUUGCAAGGCGACAGUAUCCCGUACGAACUUGACACCAAGACCAAAAACGAAGUGUCCAGUUUUGUAGAUGCUAUCAAUUUUUCAAUUGCAGGUGGGGAUUAUCCUGAGUCCUCCAAACCAAAAACACCAUUUGAUGAUUUGACCGCUGGCAUCCCCUCCUUAAAUCCUCAGCCCACAGGAUUUAUGCCACAAACUAGCUUCGGUAUGCCAUUGCAAUCCCAAGUCACAGGUGGUCAAUUAAAUCCUCAGUCGACCGGAUUUAUGCCUCAAACUUCUUUUGGCCAACCUUUGAACACUCAAAUAACCGGUGGGCCUAUGCAAUCGCAAAUGACCGGUGGUUUAUUGCAAUCUCAAUCUACAGGUGGUAUGUUGCAACCACAAUCAACAGGAUUCAUGCCUCAAACCUCUUUCAACCAACCUCUACAAGGUCAGGCCACGGGUGGGGGGUUUCAACCGCAAACUUCCUUCAAUCAACCUCUGCAAACCCAAUUUACUGGAGGCGCUUUACAACAACAACCUCAAAUGCCUUUGAAUCAAUCCAUUCAAUCUCAAGCUACUGGUGGACCACUACAACCUCAAAACACCGCUGGUCUUUCCUCCUUCACUUCUGUCUUACAAAAUCAACAAACUGGCUCCAUGCCACCAAGCUCUUUCGGAAAUUCGUUCCCUUUACAAUCUCAACCAACAGGCUUCUUACCUCCUUCUAAUUUCAACCCCACUGCUCCCUUGAUUGCUCAAAAGACAGGGUUUGGCAACAACGAGAUUUACUCCCAAUCUAAUUUUGCCAGUAAAUUCACUGCUGAUAAUUCUGAUUUUAUUACUGCGGAGGAGAAAGCUUUGUUUUAUAAAAUUUUUGAAACUUAUGAUACUAAAAACAAGGGCCUAAUGGAUUCGCCAACCGCAGUGGAAAUCUUUAGAAAAUCUGGGUUGAACAGAAGUGACUUAGAACAAAUUUGGAAUCUUUGUGACACUAAUAAUAGUGGCCAAUUGAAUAAGCAAGAAUUCGCGCUCGGUAUGCACUUGGUGUAUAGAAGACUAAACGGUCACACGUUACCAGCAAGAUUACCUGCGAGCCUAAUUCCCUCAAGUACUCGAAUCUUAGACUCUGUAAAGGACCAAUUGAAGAACAAUGAUUUAAGUAACAAUAAGAAAACCCCCACAAAAGCCGAUGGAUUGAAAUUCAAGAACAACGAUGACGAAUUGUUGCCUAGCUCGAGAAAUCGCAGAAAGACUUUUGUGGAUGUAAAAGAAAUUGAAGGUAACAAAGAAACCAUAGCUAAUUUGAAAAAACUCAUCAACGAAAAGCAAGUUAAAUUGGAUAUGGAAACUCGUCACUCUUCCCAAUCUUAUCACCUAGGUAACAAUGGAGAAGAUGAUGCCAAAAUAAUUGAAAACUUGAAGAAAAGAAUACUGUCUUUGCCCAAACCACCUUCUUCACACGUUGCUGGUGUUCCUUCUGAUUUGAAAACUAAGUUUGAUUCUUUGGUCGGUAGAGUUCCUGAGUUGUUAGCAGAGAUCUCAAAAAUUGAUAAUCAAAUUACAAACGCCAAAGUCGAGCUUUACCGUUUAAGAAAUCCUUCAUCUCUUGUGGGUUCAGGCCCCAAUGGGGAAAUCACUGAACAAGAUCGUAAAAAGGCCAAAAGUAAAGCUUUGUUAGCGUCCAGAAUGGCCGCCUUAACAGGUAAGCCUGUUAGUGCUACGGGAGAUUUGGAGAAAGAGGGGCAAAAAUUCAAUGCUGAAGUGUUGAAAAUUAAAAAUGACAAUGCUAAUAAUCAAGCUAUCAUUAAUGACAUUCAAACUUCUAUUGCGGAAAUUGCUGCUUCUGUCCAUUCUUCAUUAACUGGCCAUAAUACUGUAGAUAGUACAGAAGAUUAUGAAAAGUGGGAAUUAGGCGUUGGUGUGGACGCUGAAGUUAGUCAAUUUAUUAGGCAAUUAAAAUCAGGGAAUUCCUCAACAAAUUAUAGCUCUAACUCGUCGACUUAUGCAACUCAGCAGUCUUCCCAGUUUAGUCAACAGAGACCCCCAUUGUUGUCAUCUGAAUCUGGGUCUUCGUCCCAGUUCUCAAGCGCGGAAGAAAGAGCUGCGUAUUUGAAAGAGCAAGCUCAAAGAAAAAUGAGAGAAAAAUUGGCAAAAUUAGGACUUGGCGGGGAAGAACCAUCUGAUAGAUCUACUAAUGUCCAGGCACCAACACGCGAUCAAAAAAACCAGCGGUUGAAUCAAGAACUGACAGUUAAGUCAGAAAACCCCCAAACGAGUGUUCCUGCUAAACAGGCACAAGCAGGCGAAGAGCCUGACGAAGAUGAAGAAGUCAAGAGACUUAUGCAGCAACUUGAAGAUCUGAAAGCUAAAAAGAAAGCCGAAAGGGAAGAUAAAUUGGCUAAACUGCGUAAAGAAGUUGAAAAUGCGCAAAACGAAGAUGAGGAUUCGUGGGAUGAUGAACCCCAACAAGUUCAAAAAUUAUCGAGCAAUGCUCCUUUGCAGACACAAACUGCUAACAGCACAUCCGCCCAAGCCCCGAUUUCAAGCACUCAAGGCUCUGCUAACCCAGGACCUGAAUAUGGAUCUUUUACAAGUUCACCCACACCUAUUUCUACCAAUGUGCAGCAGAACACUGGAUCACACCACGAGCAUAACCCAUUUUCUAAAAACUCCAAUUCAUCUGCUAGCGGCCAGGCGUUGUCGUCAGCGUCCACAGGAGGCAGAAAUCCUUUUUUCAAACAGACUGCAUCGGCAUCUUCUUCUUUUGAUGCAAAAGCUGCUGAAGCUCAGAGGAGAGUUCAAAGAGGUUUGGAUAAUGACGAUGAUGAUGAUUGGUCUGAUGAUGAAAGUCAAACGACACAAAAAGGGCUAGAACCCGAAGCUAUUGGGGGUGUUUCAGGCUCUCAACCACAAAUGAAUUCUACCCCUGUGCCUCCCGUGAAUAACUCUUCAAUAGUUGCAGCACCUAUUGCACCUAUUCCACCCAAGGUUGAAGAAUCACAUAGCUAUGAAUCUUCAUCUGCGCCAGUGCCCGUGGCUCCCCCAUUACCAACUAUUAACGCCUCGACUAUACCUCCCGUGCCUGUUGCCCCACCACUUCCUCAAAUGAAUUCUUCGACUGCCCCUCCUGUUCCUAUUGCUCCACCUUUGCCACAAGUUAACGAAACCACCGCCCCUGUUCCAAAUGCACCUUCUCCCGUUCCAGUGCCUUCUUCCCAAGCUUCGCAUCCAGUUCCUAUUGCGCCACCUUUACCACAGGUUGCGAUUGAAAAUCAAGUCACAGAACCAUCUGAGGAUUUCGUUCCGCAAUUGAAUACUGCUACGACCGGCGCUGCGGGUGUUUCAACCCAAGUUGACGAAGGCAACGAAUAUGAAUCCGACGAUUUAUCAAUCCCUGAUUCUGUGGCAUCAGAGGACGAUGACGAUUUCAGAACUCCUGCGUUGGAGGCUCCUUCAAAUGAUACUACGCAGCUACCACCUUCAGGAAUUCCUCCACCACCUCCUCUGCCAUGA